AUGGCGCAGGAAAGGCCUGGAAAUACCAAUGGCUUGAGAUCUUUUGCCCUUAUAGUUCCAUAUAUUGGAGAUCUCGACGUCAUCAGGGCUGUCCCUUGUUUGGUUGAUAGCCAUCACGAACCGGACUAUCACCAGGAAGAUUCCUCAGGCGAUACCAACCGCCAGACGGGAGUUACGGCGCCUUUCUUCGUCUUCUUUGCCUUCUUCUUCAACUGGCCGAUCGCUGGCUCUGCUGCUGCAGCUCUCCUUUUCCUCCUCAAGCCGGGCUUUGCUGCCAGUGCUGGCGUUGGCGCCUUGUAG